AUGUGUGGAGCAAAUGGAUUGGUGGUCCCCAUCACGGUGGAGCCUUGGAGGCGUGGAGCGUGGCACCUGCUGACGUCUGCUGCGCGGCCGGAUGCGAGCGUCGCCGUGCCUGCUGAGGAACCCUGCCAGAUGCGCGAGGUCGUGCGCUACGCCGGAGCCAUGGCUGCCCUUGAGUCGGGGUUCGGGGGGUCAGAUGAGACAGGAAGGCAGAAGGAGGAGGCGCCAGAGCCCCAGCCUCUCCCGGCGCCCAUCACGAGGCUGGUCCCGGUGCAGGGGUUAGGGUGCGAGGCGGCGGUGGGGUCGCUGGUGCCCAGCGGGAGCCGGGAGUUCAAGCUCUGCAGCAAGCACACUGAGGGCAAGCAUCCGCUCCACGCCAUCGGCUUCAACUUCGUCGACGCCCGCUACUACGACGUCUUCGCCACCGCCGGCGGCAAUCGUGUGACGACGUACCGUGGCCUCCCCGACGGUAACUUGGCUGUUCUGCAAGCAUACAUUGAUGCGGACGAUGCUCAGUCAUUCUACACUCUGAGCUGGGCUUCUGACCUUGCCGGCACACCACUGCUAGUGGCAGCAGGAAGCAAUAGGGUCAUUCGGGUCAUCAACUGUGCCACCGGGAAGUUGUUUAAGAGUCUUAUUGGCCAUGGUGGUUCAAUAAAUGAGAUAAGAACUCAACCGUUGAAGCCUUCGCUCUUCAGUUCUGCAAGCAAGGACGAGUCUGUUAGGCUAUGGAAUGUCCAUACAGGGAUCUGCAUCUUGAUUUUUGCUGGAACAGGAGGUCACCGUCAUGAUGUAUUGAGUGUUGACUUCCACCCUUCUGAUAUGCACCAAAUUGCCAGUUGUGGCAUCGAUAAUACUGUGAAAAUCUGGUCAAUGAAAGAAUUUUCGCCAUACGUGAAGAAAUCCUUUACAUGGACUGACCUUCCAUCAAAAUUUCCAACAAAAGUUGUCCAAUUUCCGCUUAUGACUUGCGUGGUGCAUUCUAACUAUGUUGACUGUACUAGGUGGCUUGGUGACUUCAUCCUGUCGAAGAGUGUUGAUAAUGAAAUUGUUCUGUGGGAGCCAAAAACAAAAGAGCACGGUGCCAGCGAGGGCAGCAUUGAUGUUCUUCAGAAGUACCCUGUGCCCGAUUGUGACAUUUGGUGUAUCAAAUUCUCAUGUGAUUUUCACUUCAAUCAAUUAGCAAUAGGCAACCGUGAAGGCAAAAUCUAUGUGUGGGAUGUGCAGACGUGCCCUCCUGAGCUAAUGACCAUGCUGAGUAGUCCGCAAUGCAAAAUGACAAUAAGGCAGACUGCAGUGUCGUUUGAUGGAAGCACGAUCCUUGCCUGCGGCGAGGAUGGCAGCAUAUACCGCUGGGACGAAGUGGAACAUGAAGCUGCCAAAAAUUGA